AUGCUUGAAAAGGUUCUGGCAAAUCAAAUCAAGUCUAAAAAGAUGUUAUCUAGGCUAACAGAGACAGUGGGAUCUCAUAUAGCAGUUAUUCAAAAGCUCGAGUCACAGAUGCAUUAUAUUUCUAGAGAGCAGCACCCUCCUAAAAAGGGAGGACUCUCUAGUGACACUAUUCUGAAUCCGAAGAAUGGGGGAGGUGGUGUUGAUCGUGUGUUUGCUAUUAGUACUUGGAGUGGUAAAAUACUCCAAAGUGCUAAAAAUAAGGUUGUAGAUCUCGAGCCAAUUAAUGAAGAGGAAGAGGUGCAGUCUGAUGCACAAAUUAUUGAUGAUGAGCUAAUGAAGAGAAAGUUGCUGAUAUUCCAGAAAAUUCGAAGAUUAGUAAAGAAGAAGGAAGAUGCUAAGUUCGAAAAAAUUUAUGGUCAGCUGAAGCAGUUAUCGAUAAACUUUCCAUUCUUGGAUGCUGUCAAGGAGAUGACCAAUUUUGCUAAGUACUUGAAAGACCUAUUGACCAAGAAGAAGAUGGUGCAAUAUGAAAUCGUGAGUUUGACUCACACUAUGAGUUUCAAUAUUUCAACAACUACUGUCAAGAAAAAGGGAAAUCCUGGGGCAUUCACCAUUCCAUGUUCUGUUGGGUACCAUGAUUUUACUCGUGCUCUGUGUGAUAUUGGGAUGGCUGAUAGAUCUAUUAAGAAGCCGGUUGGCAGGGUUGAUGAUGUUCUUGUGCGGGUUGGUAAAUUUAUGUUGCCCGUUGAUUCUGUGAUUCUUGGCUGUGCUGUUGAUCGAGACAUUCUUAUUAUUUUGGGGAGACCCUUCCUUGCUACGGGAAGAGCUCUGAUGGAUUCGGAAAAGAAUGAAAUAAAAUUCUGA